CGUUCGUGGGCCUCCAUCCAAUCACAACAUCGCAAAGUUCUGCUGCGGAAGAGGAUGCGAAGGAGAUGGCUGAACUUAGAUAGCCCUGUUUUUGGGAAUAUCUUCACCAUGGACCUUCUCUGGAGGAAAGAGGGCAGCAGGGGAGGACUGCUUGUCCUUGCAGUAGUGUGUGGGUGGUGUUUCGGGUCUGUGAGCUGUUUCGGACAGAGCCUAGACAGCGAGUUCACGUUUCUGCUGCCAGCCGGAAGAUCUGAGUGUUUCUUUCAAACAGCAGUAAAGAAUGGUACGAUGGAGGUCGAAUAUCAGGUGAUAGCGGGUGCCGGCAUGGAUGUGGACUUCACCAUCAUCUCUCCAGAAGGCAUCCGGCUCACCAGCGAAGCUCGACGCUCUGACGGAGUCCACGUGGUGGAGCCUACGCAGGAGGGAGACUAUGAAAUCUGCUUUGACAACAGCUUCAGUCGCUUCUCAGAGAAGAUGGUGUUCUUUGAGAUCAUCAUCGAGGGUCAAGGAGGAGAUGUGGGGGGAGAUGAAGAGUGGGUGGGAUUAGAGGAGCCUGAUGGAAGCCUUCUGGAGUACAAGCUGGAGGACAUCCGGGAGUCUAUGGACUCUCUGCAUAGGCGUCUGGAGCGCAGCCGGCAGAUGCAGACGGUGCUGCGGGCUUUUGAGGCACGGGAUCGAAACCUUCUGGAAGACAACCUGUGGAGGGUCUCCUUCUGGUCCUGUGCCUGUUUGCUGGUGAUGCUGUGUGUGGCCCUCACUCAGGUCUACACUGUCCGUAAACUGUUUGACGAUAGGCGGAGGGUCUGCACAUAGAGACAUUAUUUUGUGGUGAUAAAAGGCAGCCUAGAAAGGAGAACAAUCAAACACAAAAUGUUCAGUUGGUUACCCAUUCACUUAUGCUCCGUUAUUUUUUAUUUUGUCUGCGUAUACACCAGCAGUCAAAAUCAAUUUUAAUGCAUUUUUUUUCUAAAACCUUGUUUUAGUUUAAAUUUGUGAGCAAUAAUUAAUUAUAUGUAGAUUAUAAAGGGUAACCAGAUGAGGAAGAGAUUGAAGAAGUUGAAAAUGGUGAUUUUUAUUUAUCACCUUUAAUGUCAGAUCUUAUCACGAACAAAUGAGGAACUAUAUUUUGAAGGCACUGCUUCUACAUAGACAGAACAGUAAAUUUUGUGGCAUCAUGGCUGUCCUACGCUUCUGAAACUGGUGAGGGGUGUUUCAAAAAUUUUUUGGUUGAGCGUGAAAUUAAGCAAUGGUUGAAGGUCGCUUGUAUAACACAAACCAACAGCUAGUCCACAGAGCUCCUCGUUUUCUGGUUUACAAAGGACAACAAUGUGCAAUAGUGCUGUUGGCGUAUGUGUUCCUCCUGACAGUUUAAGAUCUUUCCAUGAUAUUGGAACACGAUUUUCCUUGGUGAGAGUCUCACUGAUGUUUUUUUUGUUCUGUUUUACGACGUUACUGAUUUCUUCUGAAUGUAGACAAAGAGGGAUGAUUUUCAGUUUGUUUGCCAAUAAUGUAUUUGUCAGUACAAAUAUGUCAGAAGAAAGAUAAAUGAGUGUGCAUUUGUAUGUUUCUGGUUUCUGUUCUGUCUUGUAGAUGAUCAAAUUUACUUUUUUCACAGAUGUGUGUUUGUAAUGUGACAUCUUGAGUCUGCUCAGACAGCCGCUGAUUGUUUUUUUGUUUUUUUGGGGUGGGGUGAUUUUUUUUUUACUAAGAAAAGACUUGUAGUAACGUUAAAAUCAACUUUUCAUGGGGGUCAUUGACAUUAAUUAAUAAAUGUGUUUUUUUACACAGGAAA